CGCUCUUCCCCAUCCUCCUCGUCCCGACCGUCGUCCCUCAGCCCAUCCCUUCCUCCCCGUCUUUCUUCAUAUCUAUUUCUUAUUUCUUCAAAAAUGUCGCCAACGCUUGCAGUCAAGGGGAAGGAGUCCGGUACGGCCCGUGUUCUCGGGUCGGGUACCUCUGGUAUCGCCGAACUGCUCAUCUUCCAUCCCGUCGAUACCAUUGCCAAACGGUUAAUGUCCAACAAGGCUAAGUUCUCGAUGUCUACCAUGCCCAGCAUCGUCUUCCGCGAACACGCCACCGCACCUCUCAGCCGCAAAAUGCUCUCCCUCUUCCCCGGUCUCGGCUACGCAGCGGGCUACAAGGUCUCACAGCGGAUAUACAAGUUCGGUGGCCAGCCGUACUUCAACGACGUCCUCAACCGAAACUACAAGUCGAGCUUCACCAACACGUUCGGCGAGAGGAAGGGUAAGAUGAUGAUGCAAGCCACCGCAGGAAGCUUGACCGGUAUCGGCGAAGUCGUUCUGUUGCCCCUUGAUGCGCUCAAAAUCAAGCGUCAGGUGAACCCUGAAGCGUUCCGUGGCCGUGGCGUCCUCCGGAUUUUCGCUGAGGAGGGUACAACCUUGUACCGUGGAUGGGGGUGGACCAUGGCUCGUAACGCUCCUGGAUCAUUCGCUCUCUUCGGCGCUUCUGCAGUGACAAAAGACUACGUCCUCGGCGUCUCAGACUAUCACAAAGCUACCUUCUUCCAAAACUUCGUCGCCUCCGUCGCAGGUGCCGUCGCCUCCAUCACCGUCGCCGCGCCCCUCGACACCGUGAAGACCCGGAUCCAGAACGCGAACUUCGAGACGAAGGUGAGCGGCGUGAAGGUCAUUUCCGACAUGUUGAAGGAGGAGGGCGCGAGUGCGCUGUUCAAGGGGUUGACGCCUAAGAUCCUUGUCGUUGGGCCUAAGCUCGUGUUCAGCUACACCGUGGCGCAGACGCUCAUCCCCUAUUUCGCCAACUACGUCUAAUGGGAAUGGGUUUGAUUCCGCUCAUCCUCUACUGCCACGUCCUCGCACACUUUCUCCCUGGGUCUUCCUUGCACCAUCUAUACAUUAUUCCUUCUAUUGCUGCCUUCUGCCUCCCUUGAGCGUCUUAGAUCUCCAUUCUUCUAUAGUACAUAUAGUCCAUUGCACCAACUGGGGCUCUCAACAACCCUAUCCCUCGCCCCACGACAUUUGCUUCACUUGAUUUUUCCCUCAUCACACACAUCACCUCUUCACGCACGCCAUCGCACUACACAUUCCUCAACGCCCACACUUCACACCACUCAUGAGAUAAG